CCUUCCCUCGCGAUAUUCCGGCAACUGUGGUGUAACCUGGGUGUAACACAUCACAUAUCAGCUAACUAAGCUAAAGCUAGGCUAACUAGCUGCUACAGAGUGACAUGUAGUCAACUUUACACUCAGUCUCAAUAAAGGAGCUUCCUGAGUGAUUGGGACAUGGAGUUAAGAAAUAUCAAGGACCAGUCUCCAUUGGUCCAGGCUAUAUUCAGCCGGAACGCAGAAGAAGUGACAUUUUUGUUGAACCAUAAUGAAGAUGUCAAUUCACUGGACCAAGUACAAAGCACACCCCUUCAUGCUGCUGCUUAUUUGGGUGAUGUCCACACUAUGGACCUACUUAUUACUUCAGGUGCAAAUGUCAACGCUAAGGACCAGUGUUUGCUGACCCCUUUACAUCGAGCAGCUGCCUCUCGAAAUGAAAAAGCUGUGGAGUUGCUACUAAAGCACAGAGCGGAGGUCAACACACAGGACAAGUACUUGCAUACACCUUUACACAUGGCAGCUGCAAAGUGGGCCAUAGGCUGCGCUCAAGCUCUGAUACCACAUGUGUGCGGCCUGGAUGUUGCCGACAGAUCAGGGAGGACACCACUGCAUCAUGCAGCGCACAGCGGCCAUGAAGAGUUGGUGAACUUGCUCCUGAGCAAAGGUGCCAAUGUGAGUGCCAAAGAUAAGAAGGAAAGGCAGGCAAUCCACUGGGCUGCAUACAUUGGCCAUGUGGAGGUUGUGAAGCUGCUGGUGUCUCACGGUGCUGAUGUGAUGUGCAAGGACAAAUGUGGUUACACUCCGCUCCACGCUGCAGCUGCCAGUGGACAGUUAGACGUGGUCAAAUAUCUAUUGAGACUGGUGGUGGAGACUGAUGAACCUAACAUUUUUGGGAACACAGCGCUCCACAUGGCCUGUCACACGGGGCAGGACGCUGUGGCCACUGAGCUGGUGAACUGUGGUGCCAACAUCAAUCAGCCCAACUACAAUGGCAGCACGCCGCUGCAUCUGUCUGCCGCGUCCUCCAGCGGGGUGCUGUGUCUCGAGCUGCUAAUCAACAAUGGUGCUGAUGUCAACGUGCAGAAUAAGGAAGGAAAGAGCCCUCUGCAUAUGGCUUCUAUGCACGGGCGGUUCACGGGCUCCCAGAUUCUGAUCCAAAAUGGCGCGGAGAUUGACUGCGCUGAUAUGUUUGGAAACACGCCUCUUCAUGUUGCUGCCAGAUAUGGUCAAGAGUUGCUGGUCAGCACUCUGCUGACAAACGGUGCUGAUAAGACCAGACAGGGGAUUCAUGGGAUGCUUCCACUGCAUUUGGCGGUGCUCUACGGAUUUCCAGACUGUUGUCGAAAGUUACUGUCCAAUGGCCAUUUUUACAUCAUGCCGUCUCAAGUGCCGUCAACUGGGGAUGAUAUAAACUUCUUAGACGACCACGGAAGGACUUGCCUGCAUGCAGCUGCUUCUGGAGGAAAUGUUGACUGUCUGAACUUGCUGUUAAAUAGUGCUGCUGCUGAACUGGAUGUAAAAGAUCAUUUGGGACGAUCUCCUUUGCACUAUGCUGCAGCUAACGGUAACAGCCAAUGCACCAUCUCCCUGGUGAGAGCCGGCGCGGAGGUCAAUGAGCUGGAUCUGACGGGCUGCAGCCCUCUGCACUAUGCUGCUGCUUCACACACCUUUUGUGGAGAGGAAACAAACUCUGAGCCUGACCACAGUGAGGGAAAGGAACAAGAAGCCUCUCUGUGUUUAGACUUCUUGCUUGACAGUGGGGCGAACCCAACUCUGAAGAACAGUAACGGUUACAGUGCCGUCCACUAUGCAGCAGCUUAUGGGAACAAACAGCAUCUGGAACUGCUCCUGGAGAUUUCGUUCAACUGUCUAGAAGAGGUUGAAAGUAAUAUUCCAGUCAGUCCUUUGCACUUAGCUGCGUAUUAUGGUCACCGUGAGGCACUGCGGUUGCUUUGUGAGACAUUGGUGAGUCUGGAUGUGCGGGACAUUGAAGGCAGAACUGCCCUCCACCUGGCUGCUCAGAGAGGUUUUGCCCCAUGUGUGGAGGUGCUGCUGAAGCAUCAAGCCUCUUACACACUGAAGGAGCACAAGCGCAAGUGGACGGCUCUCCAUGCUGCAGCUGCUGAGGGCCAAAUGGACUGUCUGCUUUUAUUGGUCAACGGGGAACAAAGUGCCGACAUCAUCGACAGUCCAGAUACACAGGGACAGACGGCUCUCAUGCUGGCAGCUUUGGGACGGCACACCGACUGUGUCCACAUCCUGUUGGAGAAAGGAGCAAAGGCUGAUGCUGCAGACAAAAAGGGCUUUACUGCAUUACACAGAGCUGCCAUGUUGGGCAGUGAGGACUGUGUAUCUGCUCUGUUGGAACAUGGGGCCUCUGCUCUGUGUAGAGACUCUCAGGGAAGGACCCCGCUGCACCUUGUAGCGUCCCGCGGCCACACGGAGCUACUUCGAACUUUGCUAAAGGCUGCUAUGAAAGCUGACCCUCUGGACUCCAUAUUGGACUACAGAGGCUACACACCCGCCCACUGGGCUGCCCACCACGGGCGUGAAGGAUGUUUACACAUUUUACUUGAAAACAAUCUUUUUAGCAACCAGGAGGGAAAUCUCUUCACCGCAUUACACUGUGCUCUAGUUAAUGGACAUGAUGUUGCUGCUGGACUUCUAGUGAAGGCUGUUGGCCCUCAAAUUGUUAACGUUAGCGAUGCCAAAGGAAGGACCCCGCUGCAUGCGGCUGCUUAUUCAGGAAAUGUUGCUGGGCUCCAGCUGGUCCUGGCCCAGGGAGCUGAAGUCAAUGCUGUGGAUCAUUGUCGAUGCUCUCCUGUGAUGGUUGCUGCUGCCUGUGGACAGACUAUGGCUGUUGAGUUCUUGCUGCACAAAGCGAAGCCAGACCUGACCCUGGUGGAUGUCAAUAAUAACACUGCCCUUCACUUAGCCUGCAUUAAGGGUCAUGAGAUGUGUGCCCUGUUGAUCCUUGGAGAGAUCAGCGACUCCUCCCUCAUAAAUGCAACAAACAGCGCUCUCCAAAUGCCCCUUCACAUUGCAGCAAGGAAAGGCCUGGCGACUGUAGUACAGGUGUUAUUGAGCAGAGGAGCAGCAGUCAUGGCUGUAGAUGAGGAAGGCCACACGCCGGCUCUGGCCUGUGCCCCAAACAAGAAUGUGGCAGACUGUCUGGCCCUGAUCCUCUCCACCAUGAAGCCUUUCCCACCGAGAGAGGCCGGCGCCAGUACAGCCUCUCACUUCAACCCCAUCCUGAAGAACUGCGGCAUUGCUGCCACCUGUGGGUCCAGCAGUAACUUGUGCCACGCCUAAGUCAAGGUGCCACACAGGUGUUUGAUGGAGUGAAAUGUCAUCCCAGUGUUGCCACGAUACUGGAAUUUUUGACUUUGAUACAAUACUUGAUAUUCAAUACCAUUUUCGAUACCACAGGGAAAAAUUGACACAACAUUGAAGGUAUAAAAUCUUAGAUUUUUAUGAAACCAUCAUGUGCUUUUGCUAAAUUUGUAGUGUUAGCACCUUUUCGUUAGCACUGCUCUGUAGCAUGGCUUGCAUAUGGGGUGCAUAUGAGCUUGUUUGUAUCAUUUGCCUCAAAUGCAAAGUAUUUCAAAACAGCACUCCUGCUGUUUUCUAUGUCAACAAAAACCAGUCGCAGAAGCUGUGCACUUGCCAUCUUUAAUGAGCCAACACCAUAACAAAACCUGCAAGUUAUUAUAUUCAACUGGAGCGAAUGAGACGAGUGGCAAGAUAGACAUCACUGUGAGUGAGAGGAAGUGGGGCUAUGCGGGCACUGCAACGAGUGCGUGUGUGUGUCUGUGCGCAUGUGUGUCUGUGCGUGUCUGCGUGUCAACUUGCUGUUGGAGAGAGUAUAUCUAUAUCGGUAGUGCGGAAAAUGAGCGUUGAAACCGUUUCAAAUAUUCAGAAUAAAUUAUGUAUCAAAAAACCCAUCUAUCCCGGUCGAGUCCAAAGUCUCCACGCAUAACCACGCGCACACAUAAGUUUCCAGAAACAUGUAUGGUCAUGACAUUUAUACUUGUGUCAUAUGCAGCUGCAUGCACACUAUGCUCAUGCACCAGUAGCGUUGAUUGCUUCUCUAAAGUCUAGUCUUACACAUUAGUAAUAUUAGCAGACCUCUUAGAUGAUCUUCUCUGUCACAUGAGUGGAGUUUAGCACACAUAUAGUUAUUUUAAUGAAGUACUAACCAUUAGAAAUGAGAAGAAGUUUUAAAAUGUGCACGCUACACAAGCCUCUUCACUUGAACCCCGUCAGCUGUCAGUAUUGGCUUAAUUUCUCGUUAACCACCAAAGCCUGAAAUCUCCAUGUUUGUCUUCAGCUGAUACAAGUGCAAGAAAACUCUGAUGAAUGUGUGUUUGUUUUGUGUCUGCAAGCGCUGUUUUGCAUAUUAGACAUUGCUUCUUAAUAUACUUGUUUUAAAAUAUCUAACAGGUGCUUUAAACCUUUUAUGCAAUUAAUAAGACUCUAUUUUUCUAUCCUGUCCAGAGUGUAGCAGACUGUACACUGAUAUAAAUAACCUUAUUAUUCUAAUAUUAUCAUGAUUUACAUAAAUUACAUUUCAGUUUAGUAAGGUCACAAGCAUGUGUAUAGUAGUAAUAUAGUUUACCGAGUCUAGUGUAUAUAUAGUUCUUACAAUGAAGUUAACCUUAUACUUGUAUUAUCUUGAAAAUCCAAAAUUAUUGAGAAUUAACCUCAGGUCACUACGUACUGUACUGUGGGUGCAAUAAAAAGCACAUUUUGAGCUUGAUGUUGUGUUACAAAUGUAUGACAGAAGUUGCAUAUUUCAGUUAAAUAAGCCAGAGAAUAAAACAAACAAAUGAAAGGUCAAAGAAAGAAAGAAAUGUGCAUUGAUAUGAACAGUUUUAAGGCACAGGGAAAAAAUCUCAGUCUCUGAACGUUAAGCGUAAAAGUCUUUUGCAAAUUUGUAAUUAACUAUGUCUGCAAUUUAAGAUGCAUUUAAUUUUAGAUUUUUUUUUUCCAAGUUCCAAGAGCCGAAGGUGACGUUUUUAAAUUGCUUGUUUUCCAGCAGCCUCAAACCCAAAGAUAUUUAAUUUACACUAUCAGACAAAGAAAAGCAGAAAAUCCCUCACGUUUAAGAAGCUGGACCCAGAAAAUGUCUGGCAUUUUUGCUUGAUGAAUUAGUAAGAUAUUAAUUAUCAAAUGGUCAAUUCAUUUUCAGUUGAUCAACCCAUCAAUUUGUUUUUUUUUGUUGCUACAAUGUUGUACGUGCGCUUUGAAAUGUAAUGUAGGAACCUGCUCACAUCAAUUGCCACUAACAAUCUGUUAAAUACUAGAAACUGAAAUCAUUGUGUGUCAAUGAUGUUGAUCAAAUAUUUCACAUAAUUACGAUCAAGAGAAGAAAAACUGGCAACGCCCACAGAAUAAAGUUUUUUUUUAGUCAUUGUUUUUCACUUGUUAAAUAAAUAAGCACAAUGGCACGAAGACUGCCUCUUUCUCUUUAAAGAUAACACUUGGGGCAGUGGUGGCCUAAAGGUUAGAGAGGCGAGCUUUCCCCACCCAGAUUUAUUCGUCUCAAUCUCCUGGACCAGCAGAAUAAAUCUGGGUGGGAAAAGUAACCCUCCCUCAUUACCACCACUGAGGUGCCCUUGAGCAAGGCCCUUAACCACAACUGCUCCAGUGUAGCUGCUCAGUGGCCAGCCCCAGAUCAGAUUGGUUGUACUGGACAGCUUCCAGGUGUGAAUGUGUAACUGAGUAAAUGUGAUCUCGGUUAAACUACCCCAUUUUUAUUUUUUAUAAAUGGAGGUUUGCAUUACAAGUUUAUCUUUUUAUAAUUUGAAAGCUGUUUACAGACUUUGAUAUGUUUCCCCCUUUUGCUAAUUGAUUUCAUUUUAAUAAUACCUGCUGUGUUAAAAUGGCUUUAAACUAUUUGCACUCUGACAUGACAGUUUACAUUUAACAGUAUGGUGUCCUUAGGUUUAUGCAAAUAUAUCAAAUUUGAAGGUGCAUUUUACAACUUGUUACAAAACAAAGUUACAAUAAACAUUAGAAACCAGUUCAGUUUAAGCUUGUCCUUCCUUGUUUCAUUUGGAUGAAAUUACUGGGAGUAAAUGGUUUGACAAUUCUAAACACAAGUUGCAGUGAAAUGUUUUGAAUAAAUGCUUACAGCUUUUCAUGUGAACAAACUGUGUCCUCUGUAUUUUUUACUGAGAUUUCAGGGUUUAACUCCCAACUUGAAUGCUCUGUGUGAUCUAGUUGUGGAUGUUAUUCAUAUGAGACAAAACAAAUAAAUCACUACUAUGAGAAGGG